AACGUCAAAUCUAGCUUGUUUUCAUCGUCGUUCGCGUCUUUCGUUCAAGGAACGUUUGCCUCUAAUUUUCUUGCUAAAGUUGUGCAAAUUCGGCUUAAAAAUGUCGUUCAAAGGCUCCAAAGUGCAAAAAGUGAUGGUUCAACCCAUCAACUUGAUUUUCCGAUACCUUCAAAAUCGGUCCCGCGUCCAGGUAUGGCUUUAUGAGAACACUCAUCUGCGGAUAGAAGGACACAUCGUCGGAUUCGACGAGUACAUGAACCUGGUCCUGGACGAAGCUGAGGAAUACAACACCAAGAAGCAGAACCGACGUCCCUUGGGUCGAAUAAUGCUCAAGGGGGACAACAUCACGCUGAUCCAGAACGUGCAAACGAACUGAGCGAAAAGCGGGAAACUUUCUUAACAUGGAUUCUAACGAUUAAUUUAAUUUCAUAUUUCAAACAAUAAUACUAAUUUCUCAUUUAAAAGGUGAACUUAUCAGAGUACGAUGAACGAAGAACUCUUUAGUGUAAGCUGUGAGCCACUGCUGUAAAGUAUGAAUAAAUAUGAACCUAAAUGAA